AAAAAAAAUUCAAACUCUUCCAUUGUUCACCUUUCAUUCUUCUCAUUGCUACUUACUAGUGACUAUUAUAGCCUCAUGGGAACUAAUCUUGUAUUCAUCCAUAACAAAAUCAUGAUUCAUCUUAUGUUUAUUUCAUUGAUAUGCAUAACUUCAUGCUAUUCUCAACAACCUUAUGACAUUUCCAAUUGUUUUUCAAAUGAAACACAUCCAGGUUCAAGAUACACAUGCAAUAUUUCAACACGUGAAACAUGCAAAACAUUCUUAGUAUAUAGGGCCAACCAAAAUUUCAAAACCAUUUCACAAAUCUCAAAUCUCUUCAACAAAACCACUAAUGAGAUUCUUCAAAUAAACAACCUUACAUCUUCAUCUCAAAUACUUAAACAAGGUAAAGAAGUUCUUAUUCCUAUCGAAUGUACAUGUUCUGAACAAUUUUACCAAGCCGAAUUCAGCUACAAAGUUCUUGAAAACUCAACAACAUUUUCAAAUAUUGCUUGUGAGGUUUUUGAAGGAUUAGUGAAACAUCUAACACUUUCUGAUGAAAACCAAUCACAAUUACAAGGUAAUGAACCAAAAAUUGAUGAUGUUCUUCAUGUACCACUUAGAUGUUCAUGUCCAAAAAAAAAUGUCUCUAAUCUUAAAAGGGUAAUAAAGUACUUUGCUACAUACCCUCUUAUACAAGGAGAUAAUUUUGAUAUAUUGAUUAAGAAAUUUGGUUUCUCACUUGAUGAUUUCUUAGAAGCUAAUCAAUUACAAAGUACCUUUUCAUCAAUUUUUCCUAAUACAAUUGUUUUAAUUCCAUUAAGAGAUGAAAAUGGUUCAAUCAAAAUAUUUGAUAUUCCAGAUUCUCCUUCUCCACCUCCUAAUUUUCUUCCAACAAAUCCAUUUGUCACACAUGGAUCAACACAACCAUCAAAUUUAUAUAUUUCUGGACCUAUCAUAGGUUUUGUAUUAAUCAUCAUAACAUUGAUUGCAAGUGGAUUCUACAUGAAGAAAUUGAGAAAAAGUGAUGUUGUUAUUGAUUCCUUUAAUCCAAAAAUUACUUCAAAUUCAAACUCUUUGUAUUCACCAAUGAGAGCUUCUACAACUUCAUGUUUAUCUCCUGAUUUUCUUGUUGGAAUAAAGUAUUGUUUGCUUAAUUACCAUAUUGAAGAGAUAGAGAAAGCAACAAAUUUUUUUAGUGAUAUGAACAAGAUUGGUGAUUUUGUUUAUAAAGGGUUAAUCAAUGAUAUUGAAGUGAUGGUUAAGAGGUUAAGAUUUGAAGAUACUAGUGAGGUAAUUGAUUUACAUUCAAGAAUUAAUCACAUUAAUAUUGUGAAUUUAAUUGGUGUUUGUUAUGGUGAAGGUGAUGUAAUUUCUUGGUCUUAUUUAGUUUUUGAGUUACCUAAAAAUGGUUGUUUAAGGGAUUGUUUAAUUAAUUUGGAUCCAUGCAAUAGUUUAAGUUGGUUAAGAAGGACACAAAUAGCAUUUGACAUAGCAACAUGUCUUUACUAUUUACAUUAUUGUUCUUUUCCUUCUUAUGCUCAUAUGAAUGUGAAUAGUAGAAAUAUAUUUGUGACUGAAAAUUGGAGAGGUAAAUUAGCAGAUGUUGGGGGUGUAUCUAAUAAUCUUUUACAUGGAAUAGUUUCACAAAAGGUUGAUAUUUUUGCAUUUGGUGUUGUUUUGCUUGAGUUGAUAUCUGGAAGAGAAAAUUUGGAUGGAAAAUUGAUGAAAGAUUGUGUUGGUUUUUUGUUGGGGGAAGGUAGUGAAGGUGGUGGAUGUUUUGAAGGGUUGAGGAGUUUUGUGGAUCCAAAUUUGAAGGAGUAUUCUCUUCCUGAGGCUCUUUGUUUGUGUUUUUUAGCUAAGGAUUGUGUGAAAGAUGAUCCUUUGCUUAGGCCAAGUAUGGAUGAUAUCAUGAAGGUUCUUGCAAAAAUGGUUUAGAUAUGUGUGUAGAGGAAGAAAAUUUGUCACAUGGUUUAGGUGAAAUUAUGGUUGUAAAUGUAAUUAUGAAACUUCAUUGUAAGAAUUUUUUUUUUUUUUUUUUGGUAUAGAGUAAGAAAAUUU